AUGCUCUCGGGUGUGGCCCGGACCCCGGGGAGGUGGCGCGCGAAGGCGCCGGGAGGCGGGGCGAGGACGCGCUUCAGACUUGGGCUCGGAGCUCGGCCCUUUCCGAGUGGGGUGGAGGAGCGGAGAACCGCGGGCGGGGUGUGCGGGGGAGUGCGCUGCGGAGUGCGAACCCAGGUGCGCCGCGCUCGGCCUGCGAUUGCUCGGGUCUGGCCGCGCUCCCCGGAGUCGACGGCCGAGCGAGUCGUUCGGCGACUCCGGCCGCGCCAGCCUCGCGCUACCUCUCGCGAAACUUGUCGCGGCUCGGGCGCUCCCGUGUUCGGCCCCGCUCUGCGGCGAGCUGGCCCGAUGGCGCCUCAGCGGAGAGGCGCGCCUAAGGCGCACGAGGGCAGCGGGGCGGCCGAGCGCAGGCGCCCGAGCAGCGUGAAGGGUACCCGUGCGCCGCGGGAGGUGUGGAGCAAGUGGCUAAGAGCCGCCGUCCUGGGGACCUGUGCCACGCUUGCUGCGCUCCUGCUCUGGGGCAGUCUGAGGGGCGAUGAGGUCGGCACGGAGGUCCUGGCUCACCGCAGCGAGGUUCUGUCUGGCCGAUUCAUGGAGGUGCCCUGCUCCGAGGACUACAACAGCCACCGGAGGUUCGAAGGCUGCUCCCCGACCAGGUGUGGCCGGGGCGUCAGCGACACCGUCAUCACCAGGGACGAGGCCCUGCGGAUCCGCAGCAUCGCGGAGAAGGGGCUCGCCCUCGGAGGGUCCGGUGGAGGGGCAUCCAUCUUGGACCUGCACUCGGGCGCGCUGUCUGCCGGGAAGCACUUCGUGAACUUGUACAGAUACUUUGGAGAUAAAAUAGAAAACAUCUUCUCAGAAGAGGACUUCCAGUUAUACCGGGACGUGCGGCAGAAGGUGCAGCUGGCCGUCGCCCGGGCGUUCGGCAUCAGCGCGUCCGCGCUGCACCUGACGAAGCCCACCUUCUUCUCCCGCAUCAACAGCACGGCGGCCCGCACGGCGCACGACGAGUACUGGCACGCCCACGUGGACAAGGCGACCUAUGGCUCCUUCGACUACACCUCGCUGCUGUACCUGUCCGACUACCUGGAGGACUUCGGCGGGGGGCGCUUCGUGUUCAUGGAGGAGGGGGCCAACCGGACGGUGGAGCCCAGAGCAGGCCGGGUGUCCUUCUUCACCUCGGGGUCCGAGAACCUGCACCGCGUGGAGAAGGUGCGCUGGGGCACCCGCUACGCCAUCACCAUCGCCUUCACCUGCAACCCCGACCAGGGCAUCGCGGACCCCGCCUUCACGUAGCCCGAGGCUGCGGCCCCUCCCCCACGGCAGCCCUCCCGUCCCGCCAGGCGCCUCCCGCGCCACCUGGGUUCGGAUUGGCUGACGUUUCGACCCUUUCCUCUGUGAGUAAAGCGAGGGAGCCGACUUCCCCCCAAGCUCCUGCAUCUGCUCUCGGGCUCUGUGGACAGACCCCCUCCCCCCGGGAGGGUCCCCGCGCCCCGAGUGGAAGUCCCUCUGUGGGCAGAGAGCCGUCCGCCCGCGACGAUGCCCCGGCUGCGGAGCAGCAGCAGCAGCAGCCACGUGCAGCAGGGGCUCCGGCCGACAGGGACUGAGGACCUGGGACGCCCGUGGUGGGGGUCCUGCCCGAUGCCCCUCUUCCGGAAGCCAGGCCCCUCCUGCCUGCGGGGGCCGGGCUGUGCUCCGCUCCACACUGGGAGGCCAGGAGGGACACCGAGGCGCGUCCCCACGCUGACCGUGCGCUCGGGACGGAGCCCUGGGACGGGUGAACGGAAACGGCCAGUGGAGGCCAUGCCGGGAAAGCACCACCGAGCCUGCAGCUGAACCUCAGACCCGAGGCCCCGGUGGUGGCGUGGGGGGAUGUGGGGGGAGACGCCAUCGUCCAGCCCCACUCGGGGCUUUCAGACCAAUACUAAAGUUCUCACCUCGA